GGAGGGAGCGCCGGUGCUGACGGGGACAUCGGAACCGGGGGGAGCGCUCAGGAGGAGAGUGCCGGAGGCGACUCCGGGACCGGAGGGAGCGCCGGAGUUGAGGCACAAGCUGGGGCCGCGGGAGGCAGCGACGCGGGGGGAGCGGGCAUCCAGACGGACGUGCAAGGCGAGGCCGCCGGAGGGAGCGACGGACAGGACAUGGCUGGUGGUGGGCAAGGAGGAGGGUCAGCCGAGGAAGCGGGCGACGAAGGCGAAGAAGGGGAGGGUGAGAAGGCCGGCACUGGGAAGCGGUCAGUGGACAGCAUGCUUGCCGACGCGAAAAACAAGGCGAAGGGAAUGCUGGAUGGUCUCAAGGGCAAGAUGAAGGAGCAGAUGGAUAAGUUCAAGGCAACGAUGUCGAAUUGGUCGGACAAAAUGAAGAACUCCUUCUCAAGCCUGAAGCAGAGUAUCAAGGACAAGAUCAAUGGGGGUAACGUGACGGCUCUGACGGACGCGGAGAUUGAUGAGCUGUCUCUGGACAACAUGCGUACGCUAGCGGCGGGGAGUCGGCUGGAGGUGAUGACUCCUUCGCAAAAGGCCAAGUUCUUUGCACGCUUCAAGGCGGGGAAAGACUCGCGAAGCAUGCAGAAAGUGUUGGACAGAAUGGAAUUCGACACAAGAAGCCAGUUGCUAGACAAGUUCAGCGAGGUCAACGCCGAGCUGGGCAACGACGAGGCGGCAAAGAAAAUGCUGGCGAUGUCAGUGAUGGAUAGGCUUGGCGACUCACGAAAUUGGUCACUCGCGGAGGUCAACAAGAUGAAGACGGUCAAGGUCUUUUCGCGCAUCCCACCUGCCAAGCUAAUGAGAAUCAACAACACCGCAAUCCUCAACACGAUAUCAAAGCCCUCCAAAUCCCAGCUUUAUGCCAUGCAGCCCGGAAUGCGGAAGAAUUGGGCGGCUCUGAUCGCGCACAUCGAGAACGCAUCACUGCCGAGCAAGGACUGGACAUCCAGCAAGAUCCAGUCGCUGCAGCACGUGCUGGGCAGCAUGCCUUUGGACAUGCUGAAGAUGCUGCGGGACGCCCCGCUGGCGCAGGCGUUCAGCUCUGCCCCUGCCUCGGAUACGGAGACGGCUGCAGAGGCUGAGGGCUCGGACUCAACCGAAGAGAUGUAUGACCCUGCCCAAGCCAAAGUGCUCCUGGAUAAGCUCGUUAGCGAGUUCAAAAGGACAACGACCACGCCCAGUCCGGCGGCAGUCAAGACAUUCGUUACCAGGCUGGGUCCCCUGGGCAAGUUCUUGAACGCCAAUGAGAUGAUAGACAUGGUGGACUCCACAAUGCGGGACCGCACCAACGAGAUCGCCACCAUGCUGCGCGACACCAUUGGGAAGAAGUCGGCGCCACUCGGGCAACGCUGUGACGUCUUCAAGCGGACCCAGAGGGGUGUCAACUUGACAGAGCUAAUUAAGAGUGACGUCAACAAGAUAGUCAACGACGGUAUGCUGAGCUGCGUGCCCGACAUGUACCUGAAAAACUGGGCGGAGGACUCGAAGCUCACGUUCACCCCAAUAAAUGUCAUGGCUCAAGCGGCGGUGAAGCAGUCCCAGUUCCAGAAGACCACGGGCGAGGUCGACAUGCAGAAGCUGCCUGGUCGUCUGAUGGGAGCUGUUCCCAGCAGCGCCAUCACGAAGGCCAGCUGGUAA